UUGUAGGGCACUUUUGUUACCAGCUGGACAUGAGCCCUGCUCCACUGCUGGCCUUCCUGGGGGCCACCUUCUUGCUGCCUGGUGUGCAGGCGCUGAGCUGUAACCGGGGUGCUUUAGAGGGUGUAAGGAAUGCAUCAGAACUGCCCCUUGAGUGGACAACUUCCACGGAAACCUGUGAGAUCGGCAAGGGUUGCCAAGAAACACUGGUGCUCAUACGAAAUGGACCCCAGAUUUCCUUGAUUCUCACCAAGGGCUGCACUGAAGAAAAGGACCAGGAGCCCCGAAUCACUGAGCACAGGGCAGGCCCCGGGCUCUCCAUCAUCUCCUACACCCGGGUGUGCCGCCACAGGGACUUCUGCAAUGACUUGUCUGACACAGAACCUCUUGGGGGCCCGCCCUCUGCCACAGUCCCAGGGACCCUCAAGUGCCCGGUCUGCCUUUCUAAAGAUGUCUGUUCAGAAAAUGCCCCACAGCAGAUCUGCCCGGCAGGAUCCACUCACUGCUACGAUGGAGUGCUCAGGCUCCGAGGAGGGCGCAUCAUCACCAAUCUGAGAGUGCAGGGCUGUAUGCCCCAGCCAGGCUGCAACCUGCUUAACGGAACCCAGACAAUUGGGCCCAUAGAUGUGAGUGAGAAGUGUGCUUCACGAUCAGGUUUGCAGACGCUGGACUGCCAGUGGGGCUUCAUAGAGACCGUGAGGAACAUAUCGGAGCUGCCCCUCAGGUGGACAGCUACUGACACAACCUGUGAGAGGGGCGAGGGUUGCCGAGAAACGCUGAUGCUCGUAAAGAACGGACCCCAAGUUUCCAUAAUCCUCACUAAGGGCUGCACUGAAGAAGAGGACCAUGAGGCCCGAAUCACUGAGCACAGGGCAGGCCCCGGGCUCUCCAUCAUCUCCUACAGCCAGGUGUGCCGCCACAGGGACUUCUGCAACGACCUGUCCACCACAGCCCCUCUUGGGGGCCCACCCUCUGCCACAGUCCCAGGGACCCUGCUGUGCCCGCUCUGCUCGUCUAAAGAUGGCUGUCCAGAAAACCCACCACAACAGAUCUGCCCAGCAGGAUAUACGCACUGCUACAACGGAGUGCUCAAGCUCAGGGGAGAGGGCAUUGCCACCAUCCUGAGCGUGCAGGGCUGUCUGCCCCAGCCAGGCUGCAACCUGCUCAAUGGGACCCAGAAAAUCGGGUCCAUGGAUGUGAGUGAGAACUGCAAUCCUAAGUCAGAUGUGCAGCCCUUGGAGUGCAAGAGGGGAGCACUAGAAACCAUAAGAGAUGUGUCAACUCUUCCACUAUACUGGACAACCGGCUGGGAGAUCUGUGCCAUCGGCGAGGGGUGUCAAGAGACAGUGGUUCUCAUCGUGAAUGGAGCCCAAGUAGAUGUGGUGCUCACCAAGGGCUGCACUAAGGCAGAGGACCAAGAGCCGCGAGUCACCUGGCACAGGACAGGCCCUGGGCUAUCUGUUGUCUCCUACACCCACGUGUGCCGCCACAGGGACUUCUGCAAUGACCUGUCCACCACAGAGACUUUCUGGACCAUGCCUCCUUCUACAGGUGCUAGAGUCCCAGGGACCCUGCUGUGCCCGCUCUGCUUGUCCAAAGAUGACUGUCCAGAAAACCCACCACAACAGAUCUGUCCAGCAGGAUAUACGCACUGCUACAAUGGAGUGGUCAGGCUCAGAGAAGAGAGGCUUGCCACCAACCUAAGAGUGCAGGGCUGUCUGCCCCAGUCAGGCUGCAACCUGCUCAAUGGGACCCAGAUAGUCGGGUCUGUGAAUUUGAGUGAGGACUGUGAGUCUAAAACAGGUAUUGUGACCUGUCAUCGGGGGAGCAUGUUGAAGAUAAAGAGAAACUUGGCUGAAGAACCGGUGGAAUGGGAGGCAAAUUCACAGCAGGUCUGCAAUCCUGGGGAGGUGUGUCAGGAGACGCUGCUGCUCAUAGACCCAGCCCCAGGGCAGAAAUCGCUACUUUUGGGGAGCAAAGGCUGCAGUUAUCCCAGCACACAGAGUGCUCCAGCUGUCUCCACUUACUCGAACUUCCCUGGAAUACUGGUCGCCUCCUACGCCCAGUUCUGCUCCUCCAACCUGUGCAACACUGCCAGCGACACCAGCGUCCUGCUGAGCUCCCUCUCCAGGCCAGCUGCCCCUGUCCUAGGAGAACUGCAGUGCCCCGUCUGUGUGCAGUUCGGGGGGUCCUGCGCACAUGAUUCCACCCAAAUCACCUGCCCUAACGAAACGACUCACUGCUACAAAGGAGACAUUGAUACUCGUGGAGGUGGGAUCUCUGCCACAUUCAGCAUUCAAGGCUGCAUGCCUGAGAGUUCCAGAUCCUUGUUGAAAAAUGUCCAGAAGAUUGGGAUCUUCUCUGUGAAAGAAUACAUUGGGGAGAAGACGAAAGACACUAUUGUAAUAACACAUAGUGGUGCCCAUGCCCCCUACCUGGCUUGGAUAGUGUACCUGGGGCCAUUUAUAGCUCUUUGGUAUGGAGGCUUUCUCCUCUAUGCUAAAUCCAUUUUUCCAUGAUCCUUAGUCCCUGCUGAGUACCUAAACACUGUAACUGAAGAACCUUAUGGACUGGGACACCAAAUUAUUUUCCCACCCAUGAAUUAUCAUGUCUCCACACCCCUACGUACUCUGUCACCUGAUAAUAACACAUAGGAAAGCUUGGGAGCAGCUGAACUUGUC